AUGGUCAAGGGCAAUGCAGGCACCGGCAUUUUCAGUGCCACGUACAGUGGAAUUCCCGUUUACGAAUACCAAUUCGGCGGCGACCUAAAAGAACAUGUCAUGCGAAGGAGACACGAUGACUGGAUCAACGCAACACACAUCUUAAAAGCCGCAGGCUUCGAUAAACCAGCCCGAACGAGAAUUCUGGAAAGAGACGUGCAGAAGGAUGUUCACGAAAAGAUUCAGGGUGGCUACGGCAAAUACCAGGGAACUUGGAUUCCGCUUGAAGCCGGCGAGGCCCUCGCUCAGCGGCACAGCGUCUAUGAUCGAAUACGGCCCAUCUUCGAGUUUGUUCCAGGAAACGAGAGCCCUCCUCCCGCUCCCAGGCAUGCCAGCAAGCCUAAAGCACCAAAGUCCCGUCCCCCACUUCCAAAAUGGAACUCGGGUAGGUCCAAGGUCGCGGGCAUGGCACCCAGCGUCACUAACGCAGCGGCAGCCGCCAUGCCAGUUGUCGAAGAGUACGAGAACAGUGAGAGCGUCAUGGCCGGCGUGGAAGAUGACACGCCAGAUAACCUCACCGUAGCUUCGGCUUCGUACGUUGCCGAAGAUGAUCGAUACGAUAUGGGCCACAUGUCCACGGGCCACAGGAAGAGGAAGAGAGAAGAGCAGUUGCAGGACCUCACGGAACAGCAGCACGCUGUGUACGGCGACGAGCUUCUGGAUUAUUUCCUUCUUUCUAGAAAUGAGCAGCCAGCCGUGAAGCCCGAUCCGCCGCCGAAUUUCCAGCCAAACUGGCUUAUUGAUGCCGAAAACCACACGGCCCUGCACUGGGCUUCCGCUAUGGGCGACGUGGACGUGAUCAAACAGCUUAAGAGAUUUAAUGCAGACGUUGCUGUGCGGAAUAUCCGCGGCGAGACACCGUUUAUGCGAUCAGUCAACUUUACGAAUUGCUACGACAAGCAGACGUUUCCUUCGGUCAUGAAGGAGCUCUUUGAGACGGUAGAUGUCAGGGAUAGCCAGGGAUGCACCGUCAUCCACCACGCUGCCAUCAUGAAGAACGGCCGUGUCUACAGCCCGUCGUGCUCAAGAUACUACCUGGACAACAUAUUGAAUAAGCUGCAGGAGGCAUUUGAACCGAGUGCCUUUCAGCGGCUCAUCGAUGUGCAGGACGGUGACGGAAACACAGCGCUGCACCUUGCUGCUCUGCGCAACGCUAGGAAAUGCAUCCGUGCGCUGCUGGGCCGCAAUGCCUCGACGGACAUUCCAAACAAUGAGGGUGUCCGCGCAGAAGAUCUCAUCAUGGAGCUCAACGCUCAAAAGAAGGACCGUGGGCCACAGCGGUCAUCUUCCCCCUUUGCGCCGGAUUCCCAGCGGCGCGCCACAUUUAGGGACGCCUUCUCGGGUGCGGGCGAUAAAGCGCGGAAGCCCCCUUUGUCCUUCCAAUCAGCGGCGGCCACGACGGUUCAGUCGCGCAUCUCCCCGCUCAUUAUGGAAAAGUUUCAGCUGCUCGCGAAAAGCUAUGACGAGGAGUGGCAUGAAAAGGACGUGGCAGAGGCCGAGGCCCGGCGCAUCUUGACAAACACCCAGGCCGAGCUGAACGCCGUACGGCAGCAAAUCACGGAGCUCGAAGCUCAGCUCGAGCCAGACGACGUGGCUGCCAAGGUCAUGAGCGAGGCUAACCUCGUCAGGCACAACGUCCUGUCCCUCAUCACCCACCAAAACAGGCUGCAUAUCCACCAGGCGGUGGAAAACGAAAUGAGCAAGCUGAACGGCGACGGCAGCAGUAAUCCCAACAACCCCAACAUGCAGGACGACUCUUACGAGGAACGGCUUACUCUCGCCCGACAGCUCAGCCAGAUGCUUAUGGAGCAGCGGCAGGCAGAGACGGAGUACGUCGACGCCCUGAGCAUGGUGGGUGUCGGCGACAAGAUCGAAAAGUACCGCCGCCUGCUAAAGCGCUGCCUCGAUUCCAAAGACGGCGAGGUCCUGGACGCGAAUCUCGACAGCCUGAUUGACAUGAUGGAGGAGGAGCGUGAAGUGCAUGACAUGGACGGGUCGACAACAGCGGGGGGUGAGCCGAUGGAUUUUGCAGUUAUGUGA